AUGAUGUUGAUCUUCUGUGCUGCUGUCAGCUCUGGAGAUGACAGCUGGUCCAUGAAGGUCCAGUCAGAGGUCCGAGGUAUUGAUGGAUACCCUGUGGUGCUGCCCUGCACCUUCAGCCACCCACAGCAUUCCCAACAUUCCUCGCUGCAGGUGCUGUGGCAUCUGGGCCACGGUCAGGCGGCCACAGUCUUGUACCGCUGCAACAGCCGGCCCGGGGCACCCACCUGCGAACCAGGUCCGCAGCAGGACCAGCGCUACCGUCUAGAGGGCAACCCGAGGGAGCACGACCUGUCACUCCGGAUCAACAGCGCCACCCUGCAGGACAACGGGCGGUACUACUGCCGAGUGGAGGUCCAGGGGCGAGAACACAUCAGCUUCGAGGACAAGAUGGGGACCAGGCUGAGAGUGGAGGCUCCUCCAAAGGUCCUGGUCCUGUCGGUGGAGGGCAGCCAGCAGUCCGGGUACAGAGCUCUGUGUCAGGUCCAGGGCUCGCCGCUGCCGGACGUCCAGUGGCUCGGCCCAGACGACCUUCUGGAGGGCUCCCUGGUGGCUCCGCGGGCUCAGGGCUCCUCGGGGCGGUACCAAACCGUCAGCCAGCUGAUGGACGUGGAGCCGGACCAGCAGUACACCUGCAGCGCCUCCAACCCGCUGGGCAAAGACCAGGCCACCCUGUACGUUCUGCACCCCCAACCCCUGCCAUCGGUCAGUGGGGCGCCGACACCCGUCCUCCUCCUCCUGUCAGCGGCUCUGGGGGUCAAAGUGGUUCUGGUGGUGGGGAUGGGUGUGUGGAUGGUGCAGGGGGGCAGCUGCUGCAGGAAAUAA